AUGCACGGGUACUGGUCAAGAGUAUCUCAGCUUAUCUCGGUUUAUAUAUUCGCCUUAUUUGUAUGCGGGGCGUGGACGUAUGCUGGAGGGAAGUUUCAGGAACUAAGCUCCACAACUGACAAGCAUCUUCUUACUCCAAUUAAGCGGUUAGAAGUCUCAAGAUUUGGAGGUCACUAUCUGUAUCAUGUAAUGCGUGGGAUCACAGAUCAAUGCCGGCACGAGAAACAACACGUAGCGGUACAUGUGCUUGUCAGAUCGGAUGUCGCCGAGAUUAAGUUGACAAUGGAUGUUGACCUGCGGGAUGCUUUCACAUGGAGCACUGACAUUUUGUUCGUGUAUUUGAGUCUCGGUUACCCUACUAGUUUGCGCCCGAGGAACGAAGUAGUAAUCUGGGAUCGAAUAAUUCGUAGUAAGGAAGAGGCGCAAUUUACGAUCAAUGAAGGAUUAAGUAAAUACCAUUUCCAGGAAUACAGUAAAGGACAUGUAUACAAUAAAACUAUUGUGGGGGACCUACACUACUACCAGAUGCCGAAGACGGGUUUCUUCCACGUAAGCCUGUCACGUUGCUGA